ACAUUGGUGCCCCCCCCAUGGCUGCCCUGCCUGACAGCAAUGUGGAGAAGCUCUGGGUAGCGUCUGGACCUCCACAGACGACUUCCUGCUCCAGGUGACAGAUUUCCUGCCAAUCAAACGUCAAACAAGACAGAUAACCCCGCCCUCGGCAGCCCAGUGUCGCGGUGCUCUGGGUGUACGGAACCUGUGACUGCGCGACGCCAGUAGGAGAGCUGCUGCGAAAUGACUCCACCCACAGACACCAGAGAAUGGGCUGGGAAAGUACGAGAGACACGCUGACGUCAGACACGAGGGGCGGUUCUACCUGCAGCCCAGCCCAAGCCUGUGACGGAGGGGUGGAGGGCAGUGAGACUGGUCCAACCGGUAGUUCACCUUAUCAUGUGCAACUUUGUUGCUGUCUGUAGAUGAGUGUAUGGUGGCGGCGUACAACGGACUGACAACUGAAAAUGAAGCAGCGGUGGCACGUUAACCUACGGCAAUAACAACUUUAUCAUUUGCACUUGUACAUGUUUGUUUCACGUUCCACUUUUGAUCCUGUUAGUGGUCCUGUAGAACAAUGGCGAAAGGUGAUAAAGUCGCAAUCUUAUCUGAAGAUGAGGAGGACCAAAAAAGGAAGUAUGUACUUGCUGAUCCUUUUAACGGCAUCUCAAAUGACACUGACCAUAACCAUGCUGGAUCCACUGGACCCCCUCAAGCUGCUGAGACAAUGUCUACUGCUGAACAAGAUAUCGACUGGCUAGAAAGACACUGUAUCAAAAUUAAUAAUGAUCUACUUAUUUCUAAAGUCUUCUACUUCUUUUUCUACUCUGCAUAUGGAUCCCUCUAUCCGCUAUUACCUCUUUACUACAAACAACUGGGAAUGACACCCACUCAGAGUGGGCUUCUUGUAGGAAUUAGGUAUUUUAUUGAGUUCUGUAGUGCCCCUUUCUGGGGAGUGAUUGCUGAUCGCUUUAGGAAAGGCAAGAUAGUCCUCCUGUUUUCAGUUCUCUGUUGGGUUUUAUUUAAUUUGGGAAUUGGAUUUGUGAAACCAGCAGCACUGACUUGUGUGGCCAAUAACCUUGAUCCUGUAUAUCCUACCAACUCCAGCUCAGUGUCCAUUUCACCAAUCACUGGAAUUAUUUCAAACUCUACAGGAAACAAGAAGAAAAGGGAAAUAUUGGAAUACUCUAGUUUUAAUGGCGAUCACAUACAACUAUACCGUAGUGCUCGAGAUAUCAAUAAUGACAGUACUAUUAAUUUUACAACACAGAGUACAGCCUCGACUAUUUCAAUUACCACAACUACAGCAGUUGCAUUGACUGAAGCGAAGACUCCUGCAGCUGAUCAGUAUAUUUUGGAGUAUAACAAAGAAAAUGUAGAAACUAUUUUCCUGUUACUCUUGCUAGUGGUCAUUAUAGGAGAGUUUUUUAGUGCCCCGGCUGUUACUAUAGUGGACACAGUGACACUACAAUAUUUGGGCAAACAUAGAGAUCGAUAUGGACUGCAGAGAAUGUGGGGGUCCCUGGGAUGGGGCUUGGCUAUGUUGUCUGUUGGUAUAGGCAUUGAUAACACCCAUAUUGAUGUGAUCAUCGAGGGUAUUGGUUGCUUGGAUCCAUAUUAUAAAAAUUAUCGCAUUGCAUUUAUUGUAUUUGGUGUCCUGAUGACAGUGGCUCUAAUUGUCUCUACACAAUUUCACUUUCACUAUCAUCACUUAAAACAAGAAAAAGACAGGAGGGAAGACGUAGAGAACUCAACAGUAGAACCAAGUUCCCAGACUGAAUCCUCAGUAAAUCAGAAUGAAAGAGAGCAGAGGGAAACAAAUCGAACCUUUCGAUUCUGGGACUUGAUCAAAAUUAUAUGCACAGUGCAGUAUGGCUCAGUUCUAUUUGUGGCUUGGUUUAUGGGUUUUGGUUAUGGAUAUGUUUUCACUUUUCUUUAUUGGCACCUGCAAGACCUUAAUGGGACUACAACAUUGUUUGGAAUCUGCUCUGUCUUGAGUCACGUGUCUGAACUUACUGCUUAUUUCUUCAGCCACAAGUUGAUUGAACUUGUUGGUCAUAUAAGGGUACUAUACAUUGGGCUUGCUUGCAAUACUGCUCGUUACCUAUAUAUUUCAUAUAUAGAAAAUGCCUGGACAGUUUUACCUAUGGAGGUGCUACAAGGUGUGACUCAUGCAGCAAUAUGGGCAGCUUGCAUUUCAUAUCUAAGUGCUGCUGUCCCACCUGAACUUCGAACCUCUGCACAGGGAAUCCUCCAGGGCCUCCAUUUAGGACUUGGCAGGGGUUGUGGUGCCAUGAUAGGAGGUGUUAUGGUAAAUUUCUUUGGUGCUGCUGAAACAUUCCGAGGGAUAGGAAUGGCAUGUCUUGUUAUUCUUCUGCUCUUUGCUUUGAUACAGUGGAUAGCUGUAUCUCAAAAGGAAGAAGAUGCAUCAAUGCUGGCUGAAAGAAUUCCUGUUCCUUCCAGCCCAGUUCCGAUAGCAACCAUCGACCUGGUCCAACAGCAGAGUGAUCAUAUAAUGCCUGUUAUACAUCCCAAACUUCCUCCCAAGAAAACAAAGCACCAAGAGGAGCAAGAGGAUGUCAGUAGGCCUGCAUGGGCCAUAAGUUCCUCUCCUUGGGUUGUCCUUGUAUUUGUCUUCUAUCAAAUCAAAGAAAUGGUGGCACUUAGCAAAGACAGUUCGUUUUCUGAAAACCAACAUCUACAGGAAGAUAACACGAAUCCUAAUUAUCUUCAAAUAACACAAUCUUCACAACUGGCCAGAAAUGAAGAGUCUGCUGCCCAGCCAUAUGUUACAGGUCCACCUGAUAUUCAAGAGCACAUUAAACCACCUUGCCCAGAAAAGAAUGAAAAUCCAACCCAAACGGAUGCAAGCCUUCCGCACAACAAUACUCCUCUGUCUCCAGCAGAAGAGACAGGGCAUUAAAAAAAACAUAUAUUUUAUUAUUAUAAUAUAUAUAUAUUGUGGGCCUUGCAGGAAAAAUGGAACUUAAUAUAUUGUCUCAAUUGUUUACAAGAACCAUAUUUAAGUUAAAGUUUUGUGGAAAAAAUAUAUCACAUUAUUGUUUAUUUGCUAAGCAUCCAAGCAAUAACUGGACUAAAAUAUAGCAUUGCUGGAUAUGGCAGGUGGGAAAGGCCUCAUAAAUUGUUCUUAUCUGUUUUUGUUUUAUUCCAGGUAUGUCAAGAUUUUGCCCCUAAUUUUAGCCAAACGGUUGGAUAUUUAACUUGAUAAAGUAGAACCCCAAUUUUACUUCCUUACCUGCAGAUUUUAAGUUUCUUUUCUGGAUUUACGAUGUUUUUAUCCAGUACCACAAAAGCAUACUGCAUUUUUCAUUCCAUGAUUUUAAAUUUUCCCCUAAAAAAUGCAACAUCAGGGUUCUACCGUAAUUGCAAAACUGUUUUCUAUUGCAUUUUCUUUAUAUUUGUGCGUGACUGUGCAAUUAGUUGAAAUUAGAAGAAAAUGCACUGUUCUUUUAAAAAUAUAUUUGUUCCUUUGUAUAAAUUAACUCUGUGCUAUAGUGUAGAGCACUCAUCCGCAGUACAGCACUCAUCUGCAGGGAACACUUGAGGGCUGAGAAUGACAUGCAACUGUGCAUUUCUCGCUAACCCACACGUGGAUCUUUUUGCCUAGGUGUUCUCUUUAAUGAGCAUCUGUUCCUGUGUUGGGCACGGGUAUACUGCCUGCUAUUUAAAGGUAUUCCUCCAUUUAAUUUGCAAUAUGAGGCUUGAUAAAUGCAAAAUAAAUGUCAGUGCUAUGUGUCUUAUUUGUUAUGAAGGUAUACACGUAAAUGUCUGUGUUCUGUUUUAUUUGCAUUUUUUAUUUAAAUGUGAUUUUUCUUUGUUGGGUUUGGAAUGCAUCCUUACCAUUUCUUUAUGCAUUAAAGGAGAAGUAAAGCUUAACUAAUGAAGUAGGGCAGAAAUGUUGCACAAAAUCCAAGAUGAGGAGCUCAUGUGACAACUUGGAAAGCCUGGUUCAUUACUACUAUAGAGAUACUAAACCUUUGGCUUGAUUCAAUAUAUUCAGCAUAUAAUAUAUACCAUUUCUAGCUAUAUUAUAUUUAUAUUUUUAGGGUUCAGUUCUCCUUUAUAGUCAUUUUUGAUAGAGAUGCCAAAAAAGACAAUAAAGCCCCAAGACAAAAUAUUUUAUAUUGUGUUCUCAAUAAAUAUUUAUUGUGCUAUUUCAAAAGUGCAAAACACACAACCCCCCGCCCUCCCACACACAAACAAAGUUCAUAAAAUUCAUAUUGAGUUAAAACUGAACUUUGAAACAAUUUGAAACAAUAUUGGUGCAUAAGAAGAGGUCUACGUUCUGAGUGUGUGUGUGUGUGUGGGGGGGGUGCUUGUUAUUGUGAGAAGAAGAAAAAUGCUUGAGUGUAUUUAGCCAAAGGGAGGCAGCUGCAAACAAGUUUGAAUGUCUCUUUCCUAACUUGAGUUAGCAGUGAUACUAAUUGAAUAGAAUAUCUUGAUUCAGCACAUAAAGACAGACCAUCCUGGAACAUACUAGCAUUUUAUGUCAAAUAUCAAUCCUUACAUUUCAAAGUGGACUUUAGGAAUAUGUACUGUAUAUGUAAGUUAUGAAAUGUUUUUGACUUUUAGUUUAAUCAAUGUAAAUGUAAUAAGAAAUGUACUUUAUUUUGAUAUGGGAAACUAGGCACAUACAACAGGCA